GCGAACUCGAGGCCCUGAUGAGAGCCAGAGCGCGAGGAGGAAGCACUGGCAUGAACAGAAUUCGCAUUCAUGGCUUGCCUUCAAAUCGGGGGCAGCUCACUCCUGUGCCAAGGCCACAAGAAACCUUGUCCUGUGCCUUUGCUCACCGUCCAUGCUCUCAGCCUCGUUUGGAAGGACUCGAGUUCUGCAUUAAACACAUCCUUGAAGACAGGAAUGCACCCUUCAAGCAGUGCAGCUAUAUUUCAACUAAGAAUGGCAGGAGGUGCCCAAAUGCAGCUCCCAAGCCGGAGAAGAAAGAUGGUGUGUCAUUCUGUGCUGAACAUGCUCGCAGAAACGUGUUGGCCUUACAGGCUCAGAUGAAGAAGUCUAAUCCUAGCCCUGUAAGGGAGUCUCUUCUCUGUCAGCUGAGUUCCUAUGCCAAGACGGAGCAGGGCUCUCAAACUGCAGAAAAUAACCGUAGUGAGGGCAGCAGGAUAUUGGAUGAAGACAGCUGGAGUGAGGGAGACCAGGAGCCUCUUACUGUGGAUCAGACAUGGAGAGGUGAUCCUGAUAGUGAAGCAGAUAGCAUUGAUAGUGACCAAGAGGAUCCUUUAAAACAUGCUGGUGUGUAUACGGCUGAGGAGGUGGCAUUGAUCAUGCGAGAAAAACUGAUCCGGCUACAAUCUCUGUAUAUUGAUCAGUUCAAACGGCUUCAGCACCUUCUGAAAGAGAAGAAGCGCCGGUAUUUGCACAGCCGGAAGGUGGAACAUGAAGCCAUAGGUAGCAGUCUCCUGACAGGCCCAGAGGGUCUUAUGUCUAAAGAACGUGAAAACUUGAAGCGAUUGAAAUAUUUGAGGCGUUACCGACAACGCUAUGGUGUGGAGGCUCUCUUACAUCGGCAGCUGAAAGAACGCAGAAUGCUGGCUACCGAGGGUGCUGGCCAGCAGGCACAUACUACCCGUUCUAGCCAGAGGUGUUUGGCCUUUGUAGAUGAUGUUCGAUGUUCCAACCAGUCUCUCCCAAUGACAAGACAUUGCCUUAUUCAUAUUUGCCAGGACACCAAUCAACUCCUAUUUAAAUUGUGCCAAGGAUCAGAAGAAGCACCCUGCAGCAAACCAGUGCCUGUAAACCUUUCUGAAAAUCCUUGCUGCCCACUCCAUCUACAGCUACCACCUCAAAUGUAUAUUCCUGAACCGGUUCUGUGUGUUCCCGAGGAACUGGAAACCAUUUCCACGGAUCUCUACUUGAGUGCAGCUGAACUCCGCCCCACGGAAAUUUUGCCACUGGAGUUCAGUGAUCAUCUUGUGACAAGUGGACCAAGGUUGGAGAACAGUAAGAAAGACGAACCUGCAACCAAUGGGAAUUCAGAAUCAGCCGCUAUCAACUGAGAUUUAAAAAACUGUCUCCUGUCCGAUAAAGCAUGUGCUGCUCUUGAACUCUUUUUGGCUUCCAGUGUUUUGCCAGCUCUCUAUUAAAUCUUGCCCAGAUUUAAUGUCUAUCUGGAAAAAACCAUGUGAGAUGCAGCUUUAGCAUGUUUGAGUGACUUCUUUCAGAUCUCAUUCAGGGAAUGCCUUUUCGUUUCUGGUAUAAAUGGAGAAGAAAACAUAGGAAAUCUUAAAAUGUUCAAUUAAUACAAAAAGCAAAAGCCUCUGCCUUAUUCAUAGUCAUAGGCUCUGAUAAGAGGAAAUGUAUUUUCCAUAGUUGAAUUAUUGGGAGUGUAUUUGAAGUCACAGGCUGAGCCAUGCUAAAAGCAGAGCUUUUUAUUAUCUGUACUGUACACUAGCCUGUUGAUGUAUAAUGUGCACAUAGCUGGAUUUUUUUUUCUUUUCCUUUAGCACUGAAGCCCGUAUAAGCAAUUUUCCACUUCUACAUUAUAAUGUGUACAAAUCCCUUGUAGUAUAAAAAUAAAAAUACUGGAU